AUGGCUCCAACAAUUAAUGACAAGGAUGACCAUCUGGUCUUGGCCAAUGAGACGUUGGCAUCUCCUGAACUCCCAGAAUUUACUUUCAGAAAUGUCAUGGGUGAUAUCAAGUACCUGAUUCAGGUGUUGAUCAAUGAUCCCUUCUACAAACGGUUAGUGGGUCCAAUCAUAGUGUUUCUCAUGUCUAUCCUAAGCAGAAUAGUCAUCACCAUGAUCCCCUAUACAGAGAUCGACUUCUCUACCUACAUGCAACAGAUCCAAUUAGUUAAAGACGGUGAAUUGGACUACAGUCUUAUUCGAGGAGAUACUGGGCCUGUAGUAUAUCCAGCAGGAUUUAUUACUGUAUACGAAUGGAUAUAUGACUUCACUGGACAAGGAACUCAAUUGGCUGCUGGACAAAGUUUAUUUUCAAUGGUUUUAACGGCCACCACGUUGUUGACCGUUGUAGUGUAUUGCUUAAUUGUUGAUAUGCCACCAUGGCCACUCUUAAUGUUGGUGUUAUCAAAGAGAUUGAUCUCCAUUUAUGUCUUGAGAUUAUUCAAUGAUGUGUUCACAACCAUCUGUAUGAUUGGAGUGACUCUUUUACUUCAACUGGCCAGUUAUACCUAUUCCAUCCUGUCUACCUAUCUGUUUGUAUUGUGUGGGGUGGCAGCAGACUUGUACAGUCUUGCAAUCUCUGUUAAGAUGAAUGCCUUGUUGUAUCUACCAGGGUUCAUCUUUGUGUGCUACUUCCUUUUGGGUGAAAACUUGAUCAAACUAUUGUUAGUCCUCUUGAUUAUACCCUUGAUCCAGGUAUUGGUGGGGUGGAAAUUCCUCAUACCACUUUAUCAUGACGAAGAAGCAAAGUAUUUAAGAUACCAGUACCUUUCCAAUGCCUUUGAUUUCUCUAGAACAUUCUUAUACAAAUGGACAGUCAAUUGGAGAUUUUUGUCGGAACAAGUGUUCCUCUCCAAGACAUUUCAUAAGAGUCUUUUGUUCCUUCAUGGUGUCGUACUACUUUGCUUCGUGGUGUUCAAGUUCACUAAGAAACAUAUGAUCGGAAAGUCCUUUAAGCAUUUGAUUGGUGACUUUUUUGCAAUCCAUAAAUCAACAGUUAAUCCUCAAAAUAUCUUGAUCAACCAACGGUUGGGUCCUAAGUAUGUGUUUUUGAUAUUGGCUAUCUCCAAUGUCGUUGGCAUCCUUUGUUCAAGAUCUCUUCACUAUCAGUUUCUUAGUUGGUAUUAUUGGCAGCUCCCUGCCCUUUUAUGGUUUGCGGGCUUCAAUGUCUAUGUGGCCACAGUGGUACUCUUGAUCCAUGAAUACACCUGGAACGUUUACCCGUCUACUGAAUUGAGUAGUGCAUUGCUAGUGAGUGUUCUUACUUUAGUCUUAACAGGUAUUUUCAUCAAUAGUUUGUUAUGGCAUCCAGACAAGGAACAAGAUGACAGAGACCACAAGAAGAAGAAUGAAUAG